AGAUUUAUAGUUGAUGAUAUGAAUUAGCAAUCAUUCAAGUUCAAUAAAUAAUUUGAGUGAUAAUGAUUCUAAGCAAGGCAAUUUUAACGGAAACCAUUAACAGAAACGAUGAAUUUAAUUUAAAGCCUCCAUCGUAGUCUUCAUUUGAAUAUUCAUCGAUAACUUAAUUCCUACAUAACUGAUCUAUCUCCUUUUUGUCUUCAGGUUCUUAUUUUGGAUAAGAAAAGAACACCUCUCUGUGGAGGGAUGCUGCUGUCCAACCAGUGGAUUCUUACCGCUGCUCACUGUCUACGCAAGCGAUUGUACGUUCGAGCAGGAGAACAUGAUCUCACAGAGGUGGAAGACACAGAGCAGCAGGAAAGAGUAGCCAUGAUGUUUGAGCACCCCAAUUAUGAUCCGGUGACCGUCGAAAGUGAUAUAGCACUUCUCAAAAUGAGAAUUCCUUUUGAAUUGAGCCCGGAUGUACAACCCAUCUGUCUUCCUCACGAGGAGGAUGAACUCCCAUUCUAUGCCAGGGCGACCAUCAGGGCGACCAUUGUGGACAAAAGAGUGCAAGCACUUAGAUAUAACUUAACAAACCCUUUUGGGCGACCAUUCAGAUUUUUGUUUCAUAUUUUACGCAAAUUUAUUAUUAUUAUUUAUUUAUUUUUAUUAAUUAAUUUAUUUUUUGUAGGAUGGGGCACACGUACAAGUGAAUCCGUUUAUGUCGAGAAUGUCCUUCUUGAAACAAAUGUGCCAAUAAUUCCACCUAAAGAAUGUCGGAACGCCUACAAAGAUGUCUUCAUCAGCGAUCACAUGAUUUGCGCUGGCUUCGCCGGUGGGAGGGUUGAUUCUUGCCGAGGGGACAGUGGGGGUCCCCUCAUGCACACGCAGAAAGAUGGCACAUGGGCAGCAUAUGGAGUGACGAGUUUCGGAGAAGGAUGUGGAGAGAAAGGAAAAUUCGGUGUGUAUGCCAAUGUAGUCAGCCAUCUAUCCUGGAUCAAGAGUGUCAUCAAAAAUUACAACUGAUUAAAAAAAAUAUAGCUGAUGGUAAAUUUUUUAACAGUGUACAGUUCUUUGAAGAAAAAUUCAAUGUAGUAUACUUUGAUAUAUUUAUUUAAUUUUAAUUUUGAUUUUUUAUUACGUCACACCGACAAUAUGAUGCAAAAACUUUUCACGUUAAAAAAAUUACUUGAAGCUGAAAUGUAAUAAAUUUGUAAAAUAAAAAAUAACAUUUGUAGAGUCAUUUAGAAUUUUUUAUGUUAGAAUACUGAAAAAAUCCACAAUACACUCAUUGGAAUUCGAACAACAGACCUCCUAAAUUCGCGUGCUUUUAUUCACAGCACGAAGGCAUGCAGAGAGGAUGUAGAAAAUACCUUAUAUACUCCCACUUUUAAAAGGCGAUUGUGGAUUAGGGGACCCUGUCGCCAAAUCCUGGGGGGUCACAAAUUAUCGUUUUCCACUUUUUAGUUCAGGCGUCACUUGUGGAGUCAUUUAGAACUUUUUUAUGUCAUAACACUGAAAAAAAAAUCUUCAAUGCCCUCGCCGGAAUUCGAACUUCGAACUUCUCAAAUACGCGUCGAGGGUGUUUCCAGUUACACCAUGGUGCAAUGCGGAAAGGAAGAAAGAAAUACCUUGUACAUUGUAACGUUCGAGUUACGAAAAUGCUUUAUGCAUUCAAAUGCUCAAGCUACGAAAAUAUUUUAUACAUUGUAAUGUUCAAGCUAUGAAAAUACUUCUUACAUUGUAAUGUUCAAGCUACGAAAAUACAUUAUGCAUUGUAAUGUUCAAGCUACGAAAAUACUUUAUACAUUGUAAAGUUCAA